AUGGCGAUCUGUACUUAUAACGCACGUACGCUUGCAUCGGAAGCGGCCAUCGAAGAUCUGAUGAUGCAAGCCAAGAAGAUCAAGCACGACGUCAUCGGACUGACCGAGACGAGACGACGUCACUCUCUCAACGCUGUAUUUGAAACUGGAGAAGAACUGUUCUUAGGAACAUGCGACAGUAGAGGUGUUGGUGGAGUUGGCGUCCUCGUCAACACGAGUAUGGCAAAGAACAUCGACUCUUUUGAACAACUUACGACCCGAAUCGGACGUCUGCGGAUGAGAAGAUGUGGACCAACACCAGCUUUGACUAUCUUCGUCGCUUACGCUCCAACAUCGAGCUACGAAGAAGAAAAAGUCGAAGCUUUCUAUAUGGACCUGGAGAAGUUCUACCGAGAAGACCAUGCCUUCUACAAGGUCAUAAUUGACGAUUUCAACGCCAAGGUUGGCCCAAGAAGAACGCCGGAGGAACUUCACAUCGGGACCCACGGCCUACAAUGGAAUGACCAGGGGGAGAGGCUCUCCGAGUUCAUCAUGACGACUAAGACCAUCCAUGGGAACUCGCAAUUCCAGAAGCCCUCCUCUUUACGCUGGACGGUGGAGUCACCCGGUGGAGGGUACCGUAAUGAAAUAGACCACAUCAUCGUCAAUAAAAGGUUCUGCCUGACGGACGUCGGUGUUGUACCAAAGUUCUAUACGGGAUCGGACCAUCGCCUCCUCCGAGGAAGAUUUCCCUUCACAAGGAGAGCAGAGAAAGCCGCCAAGUUCAGAGAGAGAAAUCCCAGGACUACCAUCAACUGGGAUCUCUUCGCUACGCUAGCCGGCUUUUGGGAAGAUUCCGCAAUGGACAACAUCGACGAGGAAGAUGACCGGCUUGUUGAACACCUUCACGACUGCGCGAAGAAGGCUGAGAGUUUUAAAACCACCAAGAGGCGCCUGUCUCUUGAAACUCUUGAGCUGAUACGCCAGCGUGGAGCAGCACGGGCCGCAGGGAACCAAGAACUCACGUCCGAGCUCGCAAGGCUUUGCAGAGAGGCGAUAAAGGAAGACCUUAAAGAGAGAAGAGCAGAAGUGCUGGCUGAAGCUGCAGAGGUGGGGAAAAGCAUCCGCUAUGCCCGUCGAGACUUCGCCAGUCACAAGCCGAGGAUGACUGCUCUCCGGAACCCAAAGGGAACAGCCAUUGCAUCGGGAAGAGGAAUGGAGAAAAUCAUCUACGACUUCUACUCUGAUCUCUUCGACAGCCAUGUCCACUUGCCUCUUCCCCAUCUGAGGGAAGACGGACAAGUCAUUCCAGAAGUUCUCCCGUCCGAAAUACGACAUGCUAUCAUGUCGGUAAGAAAUCGUACGGCACCUGGUCCUGACAGAAUAAGACCAGAACACCUGAAGAGCCCUCCGCCAGCACUCAUCAACACCCUGGCGAGGCUCUUUACACGUUAUCUGUCGGAAUGCAAGGUUCCUAAACAGUGGAAAACCAGCAAGACCGUGUUGUUGUAUAAAAAGGGAGAUCCACAUGACGUCGGCAACUAUCGUCCAAUCUGCCUACUGUCCGUCAUCUACAAGCUCUUUACAAGAGUAAUCCUUAAUAGGAUUGAAAAAGUCCUGGAUGAAGGACAGCCAUGCGAGCAAGCAGGUUUUCGAAAAGUAUUCAGCACGAUUGACCACAUUCACACUGUUUCGAAACUCAUCGAGGUAUCACGAGAGUACAAGAUGCCGCUCUGUCUCACCUUCAUCGACUUGAAGAAAGCCUUCGACUCAGUUGAGACGGAAGCGGUCGUGGAAGUCUUGGACAACCAAGGCGUCCCUACUCAGUACAUAAAGGUACUUCGAGAGUUGUACAGUAACUUCACGACCGGAAUUUCGCCAUUCUACAAGAACAUCAUCAUUGACGUGAAGACCACCCUCGAGAACGCAAUGCGAAAAUUGGAAUGGGACGACAUGGGAGUGAAAGUUGAUGGUCGGCAGCUACACCAUUUGCGCUUUGCUGAUGACAUCGUACUGAUAACACCUAGCAUCAGCCAAGCGGAACGAAUGCUGACCGAAUUCGACGAAACAUGUGGAUGCAUCGCUCUUCAGCUGAAUCUACAAAAGACGAUGUUCAUGCGGAACGGAUGGGUCUCGGAUGCCCCAUUCACGCUCAACGGAACGAACAUAUCCGAAUGCACCAGCUACGUUUAUCUGGGUCGGGAACUGAACAUGAUGAACGACCUGACCCCCGAGCUGGGUAGGAGGAGACGAGCGGUUCGGGGAGCGUACAAGAGCAUCGAGGAUGUAGUGAAGAAGACCAGGAACACCCGGAUCCGUGCUCACCUCUUCAAUACCAUCGUACUUCCUGUUUUGACCUAUGCUUCGGAAACCUGGGCAUUUCGCAAGCAGGAAGAAAACGCGGUGAGCGUCAUUGAACGCGUAAUUGAGAGAGUGAUGCUAGGAGUAUCCCGUUCCACGCAAGUGAGGGACGGGAUUCGAAAUUCUCUCCUACGUCAACGAUCGAAGAUUAGAGACGCCGCCGCGUUUGCCAAGGAAAGUAAAAUAAGGUGGGCCGGACACGUGAUGCGCUUUAAUGACAACCGUUGGACCAAAGCUGUGAGCGACUGGGUUCCCCGCGAUAUUAAGCGCACUACAGGAAGACCGCCGACCCGAUGGUCAGAUUUCUUCACGAAGUCCAUCAAAGAAAAAUAUGAUGCUCUUCGUGUCCCACGCGAAAGGAGGAACCACUGGGCUACUCUGGCACGCGAUCGGGACAAAUGGAAGAAUUACUGGCGCCCGCUCUACCAGUUCGAAGAUCAACGGGAGUCAAGGUGA